GGCCGCCGCGGACCCGGCCGGGCAGCAUGAAUAAUCCUAUACCUUCCAAUUUGAAGUCAGAAGCAAAAAAGGCCGCUAAAAUUCUAAGAGAAUUCACAGAAAUAACUUCCAGAAAUGGGCCUGAUAAAAUCAUCCCCGCCCAUGUCAUUGCCAAAGCCAAGGGCCUGGCCAUCCUGUCCGUGAUCAGAGCUGGAUUCCUGGUCACAGCGAGAGGGGGCAGCGGGAUUGUGCUGGCCCGCCUUCCAGACGGGAGGUGGUCAGCGCCUUCCGCCAUCGGGAUCGCGGGCCUCGGCGGGGGAUUUGAGCUCGGCAUUGAGGUGUCGGAUCUGGUGGUGAUUCUGAAUUACGACAGAGCUGUGGAGGCUUUUGCGCGAGGCGGGAACCUGACCCUUGGGGGCAACUUCACCGUGGCCGUGGGGCCGGUGGGCAGGAACCUGGAGGGAGACGUGGCCCUCAGGAGCUCCGCAGCCGUCUUCACCUACUGCAAGUCCCGGGGGCUCUUCGCCGGCAUCUCGCUGGAGGGCAGCUGCUUGAUUGAGAGGAAAGAAACCAACCGAAAAUUUUAUUGCCAAGAUAUUCGCGCUUAUGACAUCUUAUUUGGAGGCACGCCACGGCCUGCCCAAGCAGAAGACCUGUAUGAGAUCCUCGAUUCCUUCACUGAAAAGUAUGAGAAUGAAGGCCAGAGGCUCAACAUCAGGAGAGCAGCGAGGGAGCAGAGGAGAGCUGCAGCUAAAGAAUCACCCCCGAAGCCGUCUUCCAGACCACAGCCAUCCCAGAAAGCCCAGCUGAACCCUGGCUCUCAAAGUCACAGAGGCAAAGGUAACAAGCUCUACCCGGAGCUCCCUGGCUGCCCUGAGAGAGCAGGCGGUUCAAGCCCGCCCAGGGAGGUGACGGCGCUGUACUCUUUUGAGGGACAACAGCCAGGGGACCUGACUUUCCAGGCUGGAGACAGAAUCACUGUUCUAUCAAAAACAGAUUCACAUUUUGAUUGGUGGGAAGGAACACUUCGAGGUCAGACUGGCAUUUUUCCAGCCAACUACGUUACCAUGAAUUAAAGUUUAUGUUCUUUUCUUCCCCGAGAACUACAAAAACAUUAUUUCUGUGCCUGCAGGAGUUACUGUCCAGUUACGUCAAUAUGACCAUAGAAAUGCUUCUGUUUUCCAUAAAUGCUCAGCCCAGUGUGUGGAGGCCAUGCGGCUGUGAUGCACAUCCAGAGGCCUCUGGGCUCACCCCAGAGCCGGCAGCGGUGGCUUCCUCCACGGCCGCGGGCGGGUCAGUGGUGCCCAUGGUCACGUGACACUGAGCAUUUGCUUUCACGAUGUCCACGUGACUUUUCGGGGGGGGACGUGAGGGUGGGUUUGCAUCCAGUUCACGUAGUUCUGUCUGCAGAGUGACUCGAUGAGCUCUCAGCUGAAAUGGGAGGUGAAAUGAUACCUGGGGUUGUGGUUGUUCACUAAAAUAGGAAUCCAUCCAAGCCAUCUCUGCCUUCGCAGUUGUAUGUCGUGUUUAUAACAAACACACCGUUACACAGUUCACUGUGCUUUAAAAAUGUCUGUUACCAUUUGCUCCUUAUGAUGUUAUUUUGGCUUAUUUCUAAGAACUUAAGUAGAGUCGGCUGAGCUGCCCCUAAAUAAAUGCUUUUAAAAU